UAUAAUAAUAAGCUAAGAAAAUAUUCAAAGGUAUUUAAGUAAAAGUAAAAAAUAUAUCAAUGAGUAGCAGAAAAAUGGAGGAGAAUGUUACUGAUAGUGCAGUUAAGAUCGCUGUACGUGAAUGUCCCUUGAAAACUAAAGAGACUUUCAUUUAUUACAACAAUGAAAUAAAAAAUAUUUUGAUUGCUAAUGAGCGAGCCUAUGCAUUUGAUUACAUUUUCCAGUCACAUGUGGGGCAGAAGGAAGUUUUUGAUACAUUAGCAUAUCCCUUAGUUAAAAAAGCUCUUCAGGGAUAUAAUUGCAAUAUAUUUGCAUAUGGGCAAACAGGAACGGGGAAAACAUACACAAUGGGCUUAGAACAAAACUUAAGAGAUAAAUAUGCUGGCAUAAUACCAAGAUGUUUACAUGAGAUUUUUGACACUGAAGAUAUGGUAUGUAAAAAGAUAUUGGUGUCUUAUAUAGAAAUUUAUAAUGAAAAAGUAUUUGAUAUGCUUUCUUUUGAUCCGAAUGAACAAAUUUAUAUGAAAGGUUGUAAGUUUAGUGGUGGAAACAAAAAAGAAAUAAAGACAGCUGAAGAAGGAUUAAAAAUUUUGUGUGAGGGUAACCGAAAUCGACAUGUUAGACCAACAAAAAUGAAUGCUCAAAGCUCGAGGUCUCAUGCUAUUUUUACUAUAUAUAUAGAACAAAUAGGCGAUAUGGUAAUUACUUCAUCGAUGCUAAAUCUUAUAGACUUAGCUGGAUCUGAAAGUGUUCGAAGAACAGGACAUCAAGGAAUUGCACUUUCUGAAGGGGUUAAUAUUAAUCAAGGUCUUUUGUCUGUUGGGAAAGUAAUACAAGCUUUAAAUGCUGGGAAUAAGGUGAUACCGUAUCGUGAUAGUAUACUUACGUCGGUCCUGCAGGAUUCUCUUAACGUAAAUUCCUACUUAACACUUUUGGCUUGUAUAAGUUCAGAAAAAAUAGAUAAAUCUGAAACCCUUUAUACUUUAAGAUUUGCACAAAGUGCUAAAUUUCUUCGAAAUAAUCCUCUUGCAAAUAUAGCUUUGUCGCAAUAUCAAAAAUUAAAGCAAAAAACGCCAUCAAAGGCAACUCCAUUACGCACAAAGAAUAGUUUUACACCUUUCGCGAAAAGCAAAAAUAUGAAAUCAAUAAAUUCUUUAAAAAAGUCAAAUAGUUUCUGCAGUCCCAGAAAUAUACGGAAAUUUGACAUUAAACGAUUUAAUAAUACUGAAAUACAAAAGAAAUUUAAAUCAUCGAAUGAAGAAGUGAGAGCCCAUGAAUAUGAGGUGAUGAAUUGUGAUUCAAACGCCAUGAAGUUGUCGAUUGAAUCAAGGUGUUCACUAACAAGCUUACUUAACGUUUCUACUUCAACAACUUUGGAAGUUGCCGCUGCUGAAAUUGAUAUUCCGUCACAAAAGCUUGUGACUGGUUUUGAAAUAAUCUCACAAAAACAAGAUAAAAGAGAAAGUACUAAGAGUAAUAACGAUUCUGUAAAAACAAUUGAAAACCAGUUAGAAACUCGAUUUCAACCAACAACAUUUUGGAGUUCAAUUAAGGAAGAUUUGAGGAACAUAAUAAGAGAUGAACUAACUUCGUUAAAUAAAAAUAAAUCUAGCUUAAAAAUAUCCGAAGAUUCACCAAGCCAAUACAAACUCAACAAAAUUGAUGAAGAAGGUGAAAAAUAUUUAACUUUAAACACAACAGAAAAAUUAAAAGAGGAUUUUGACUCAAGUGCAGUUUUUAUAAAGAUGAAAGGUAAUAUACGAGAUCUUAUUAGGCAAGAAUUGUCAACUCUAACAAAAAGCGAAGUAAACGUUGUUUCAGAUGUCGAACAUUCCAAUUUAAAUGAAAAAUUUUACCAAGUAUUUCAAGACAAUUUUAUAUUUAAGGCUCCAGAUUCCUUUUCACUUUCGAACAAGGAAAUCAAUCCUAAUAACAUACUUGACUCAACACAAAACAUACUUUACUUUGAACAGAACAAACGACUAUCAAGGCACAUAAAUUCACACAUGGAAAUUGACACUUCAACUUUAUCAAAUUCAACAAACCUAAGUUCAUUAAACCGUCAUGCUUUAAGGCGAAGUCAGAGACUGUCAAAGCUUUUCAUUAAGAAAAAUAACGUUUUAGAAAACAAAAAUUUACGUCGUUCUUGCAGACUGGAAGCGAAAAAGGUGGAAUCCUUGCAAACUAACAAGAAAACCGAAACUGAAAUAAAAAAAGACAAAUCUUCAGUAGCAAAAAAUAAAAAUAAUGAUCUAAAAAUAACAAAUAAAACCAUUUCGAGUUAUUUCAACAACUUAUCAAAUAAAAAUAAGAAUACUGUCAAGCUUAAGCAUCAGAAAGCUGUUUUAGAUAUUCUAAAUAAUGGAACAAUAAAAGAAUUGCAAAUUUUACCAUACAUUGGUUUAAAAACAGCUUAUCAAAUUAUAACUCAUAGAACCUUAAAUGGUAAAUUUAAAAACUUUGACAUAGUGUCAAAACUUCCAGUCUGGAGAGGAAAGGCUUGGGAUCGCUUUAAGGAAGCAAACAAUUUGUAACAUGCAAACAAAUAUCUUUUUAACUAAUGUUUUAAUUUUUCAAAAGUUUACAAAUUGUCGACAAUAAUUAUAUGU